AUGACUUACCCAUUGACACUUUCGAAGAACGCAGCGUACGUUGGGCAAAAAUUUAUUGAACGUUAUUAUGAUGUGUUGAGUUCGAAUCCGGAGAACGCAUACCAGUUCUAUGACAAACUUGGCGAGUACCAAACUGUUCAUGAAGACGGCAAGGUCGUUGUGGCCAGGACCUGGCAAGAAAUAAAUAGUGUCUUGUUAAAUCCCACGUUCGCAAACAAACUAGUCGUUAAUUCGAUUACUUCAGUGCCCUGCGGUAGAUCGCUGGAUCACUUGAUGAUAACGGCGACUGGUAAACAGUUCACGCAUGUGUACUUUGUGGAAUUUCGUUCUGAACUGCAACUGUCUUACGCUAUAAUGGCGUCCAUAUAUCUUCGUACCGAAUCCGCCUCCGACAAGCCGCCGAAACCGGUAACAACUUCCGCUGCACCUGACUAUCCUAUUGAGAAAGCCGCCAAUCAAAAAUCUACGACAAUUUUAAAAGUAAAAAAACGAGUACACUUUUCGGAUAAUAUCGCUACCUACUACGAACCUUCUCUUGGUAACGUUGUCGAUAGCACCACCAAAGGCCAGCCGAUUAAAUUGUUAGAAUGCUCCCCAACUCGUACCAAAAUUCUCAGUUCCAAAAAAUCUUCUCCUAAUACAGUUACUGACAACACACGAUCUAAUGUCGAUACUAAAUGUUCACCGAAAGGAAUCUUAAGUUCCGUACCUACUUCUGUUGAAGUCGCCAGCUCUCACGUACCUUCUGUUAAUACUGGUACCAAAAACAUACAGUCUAUUUUCGCCGCUAAUUAUUCGCCGAUUAGAAUCAUAGAUAGCGUACCCGCUCCUGCUGAAAUCGAGAGCUUCCGUAAUCCCUCUCCUAAUAAUGUUAAAAACCAAAUUUCAUCCACCGCAAUUCGUCGGAAGAGAAAAGUACGUGAGGACGGAUACUACUCAGUUUCAACACCAAAUUUUCAAAUAUUUUCGACAAUGAGCUGUCCCAGUAGUAUAAUAGACCCUGAUAAGGCAUCGCGCAGUACAAAGAAACGUCCACGAAAUCGUAUCAUCGAAUUCCUUUGA